AUGCGCACCAAGGACUACAAUGACAUUUUGGCUAACGUGCAGUUGACCUCUGAUAGUUUAGUUCCGUUCGUUGAUGGCGACUUUAUCGUAGAACUUCCCCUUUAUCACAUAACCGGAGGCGAUAUCUCGAAUACCGGUAGAACAGCUCUGGCUCAAUUCGCGAGCAUCGAUUUACUAAGCGGUGUAACAAGCAGCGAUGCCGCCUUGUUCAUCACGGAAAGAUUUGAGCCACUGUUAAAAACCAUGGGUUUGGACAUUGCCAAUGGAGUGCCUCGUGAUUUCUUUAUCAGAACGUUCCUGUCCGGAAGUCCGCAGGAGGCGUUAGGACAGCCCGCGACUUCCGGUGUCUCUCAGGCUUUCAUACACGAGUAUACGAACUGGAAGGCCCCCGAUGACGCUGUUGGGGUCAGAGGUCAAAUGAUUGACUUUUCGACGGAUUUCUCGUUCCUUUUGCCCGCCGUAACUAUAGCGAGAAUUCAUAGUAAUCUGACGAUAGGGACGCCGAGGCGCACGUUUCUCUAUGAAGUCGACCACAAGGCGUCUUUCGACCCACUUCCUCUCUGGCUUCGGGGAGCGAAGCACGGCGCGGAGGUGCCGUUCGUGUUUGGCUUCGUUGACGAACUUAAGGUGUUUGCUGGCAUUCCUCCCAGUGUUUCGAAUCUCUUUAAAAUACCGGACCAAGAAAACUACCUCGCACUAGUUAUGCUUACAAUGUGGACCAACUUUGCUAAAACUGGAAACCCCAACUCAGCCUCUCUAACGAACGACAACGUUCCCACGUGGACUGAGUUUGAUCCGGUCAACGGCUCGUACUUCCGCUUCAUUUCCAAUAUAACGUCAUCGGAGGUUACAAGUCACCAUCUCUCGGCGUCUCGAGUGGCCUUCUGGACUGAACUGGUUCCCGCGUUAUUAAGCGUCAGUAACUGUACGCAGCAGCACCAAAGACCUAUUUCCGCCUCUCUCAGGGAAAAUAUCAGUGUGGUUUCCGUUAUGAUGAUGCUGACUGCGUGGGCGUUUUUUCGUGUUUAA